CUUGGAAAGCCUGUCACAACACAUAACGUCACGCACAGCGAUAAGUUAUUUUCCGAGAAGCUUCCCAACUGUACUAGUUUCCUAUUAAUCAUGUCGUCGUUUGCACCACCCAGCAAAAAGGCCAAACGAUCACACAGUAAUGGAGCAGCAGCUAAAAGUGAUGGCGAUUUUUUUCCAGGUAAAGUUAGAUGUGCAUUAAUUUCAAGCUUAAUAAAUUUUUCACCCAGCGGUUUUCGGUAGGGAAGGUCCCAGUAAGUUACAAGUCUUGAAAAAUUUAGUUAAAUAAGCGGUACAAUUUCUUUUUUCUUGUACGAAUCAGUCGCAUAUGUAAGAUUAUCUUCUAUUGUGCGUUUUGUAUUUGAAUAACAACAACAACAAAAACAGUAUUGGGAAGUUGGAUAAACUCGAGCAGUAGGGCGUGUGACUUAUCUGUUUUUGUGCCAAAUUAUCUGAAUUUGGAACCUUUUAUUGUUUUGUUACAGGAAUAAACAAAAUUGAAUACAAGCCCGAUGGAGGUCCAGAAGAUAAUCUGUGCUUCAAACACUACAAUGCUCAAGAGGUAGUGUCAAACGUUUCGAUGAAGAAUCCUACAGCCAGCCCAAUCGCAGAAGUUUAAAUGUUUAAGUUAGACCCUCGAUCAGUAGAAACUAUCGUCACAAAUUCCUUCACAAUUGAAACUGAACUUUUUCAGUUCUAAUUUCCCUUAGCUAUUAUAAAGAAAUGGCUCGAAUAAGUUUUAAUGUGUACAUCAGAAUGAGUGUGAAAUGUGUGCUGAUAAAAGAAAAAAACAAUCCUUUAAGUUUGCGUGACAUGACUAAAUAUCACAAUUUGUCAAAUAAUUUUUUGAUUUUUUAAAAUUUUAUUCCCUUUUUUCUAUUUUUGACUUUAUUUUAGACGACUGGUGAUAUAAUGAGGUAUUGACAUGAAUUGACUCUAAUCAACAGGUGGUAAUGGGAAAAACAAUGGAAGACUGGUGCAGAUUUUCAGUCUGUUUCUGGCAUACAUUUAGAGGCACAGGUAGGAUUUUGAAAUAUAUAGCGCACUGUUAAUCUGGUUCCAAAAGAAAUGUUUAGUUUUUUGUACCCAAACUUUUUCAGUGUUCUUGAAGACUCUGCCAAUGUCUUAAUGUUCAGAUUGUUGGCUGACACUUUAAAUAGGCAAUUCAUCAGUUUACCAUCCUUUGACUCCUGGCCUUUUAAUGUCAAGCUAUCAGCUGACAUAUAGAUUGAUCAUAUAUCUACUGAUGUAUUGCAUAAUGAUAACUGUGAUAUAUUUGUAAAUUUUGUUGUUCUUGCUGCUCAAGAGACAAAUAUGAUCAUUGCCUGUGCUCAGUUAUUGGACAAAGUGCAAAGCUUUUAACCACCCACCCUAGAUAGGACCAUUCAAUACGCCUUGAGUGUUUCAUAUACACUUACAUGGCAGUUUUAGUGCACCUGAGGGAGCAGCUACAUGGUGGUCCUAGGACAUUUGUAACUCCUCUUUUUAUUGAAAAAAAUUGCUAAUUCAUAAUAAAAAGAUAACCUUACAUUCCCCCCCCCCCUCCAAUGCCAGUAAGAUGCUAGUGUACUGUAACCUUACAAGAGAACCCCUUUUUUUUCUGAUUGACCCUUUAACUCCCACAAUCUUAUUGUUGAUACUUUCCUCUUUUCCGCUACUUAUUUCCCUGUACAUUAGUGACAAGAAUUUGGUGAUCAAGUAAGAUAACAACUUCUGCCCAACAAGUUUGAGUAUUCUCAUUACCUGCUUGCCUGAUGAUGUAUAGAUAUUAUAGGAAGAAGUUACAUGUUAAUCACUUCUGGGAAUGAAAUGGUUAAGAGGAAUUCAUUCCUAUUUCCCUCUGGUAUAUUUAAUAGCCACAUUAUGAAGCACGUACUUCAGUAUAAUUUAAAAAAUUAUUAUUUGACCAGGUGCUGACCCAUUUGGUUUCCCAACAAUUUCAAGACACUGGGAUGAUGGAAGUAACAGCCUGCAAAAUGCAAAGAGAAGAUUGAGAGCAGCAUUUGAAUUUUUUGAGAAACUUGGUGUCAAAUAUUACACGUUCCAUGACAGGUAACUUGGUAACUCCUUGAAAUUUUAAUUACCAGCAAGUUAGCUUUCUAAUGAUUUAACUUCAGGAAUGAAUCAGGGACAGCUUGAGUGGUAUCUUUCGUAUUAUUUCUAGAUUUGUAAAGUGGUGGAUAGUCUGCAUUUUAAUUUUUUUUAAUAUGUAGGGACAUUGCCCCUGAAGGAGACGACUUGAAAGAGACAAAUGCCAACCUAGAUCAGCUUACUGAUCUUGCCCUUGAAUUACAACAGAAGACUGGAGUUAAACUACUCUGGGCAACAUGCAACCUCUUUUCCAACCCAAGGUAUUUGAAACUUUUUUUGGUCAUACUUUUUACACCUUGGCGUAGGUGUUCUUGGGCACAGUUUUCUACCCUUACAGCUCCUCCAUUAACCCUGUCCAGAAAAUGUGGAAAAUUUCUGGAGGGAGUGGUGACCUGCAAUGGACUAGUGAUAGCAAUACAGAUCCUAUUGGUCAAAGAAGCCAAGAUAAGCCCCAGCAGUGAUGCAGUACAAGGUUUACUUAGUCUAAGAAUGAAAAUUAAUGAGUUGUGGCGACUACUUUUAAUAAGAAAAUUGUGUUGUUAUUAACAGGUAUAUGAAUGGAGCAGCCACCAACCCUGAUGCUCAUGCAUUUGCCCAUGCUGCUGCACAAGUCAAGAAGGGACUGGAGAUUGCUAAGAAACUCGGAGCAGAAAAUUUUGGUAGGAGCUCAAAUAUGUUGAGGGUAAAACAACAUGAAUGCUGAUAUCUGUAUGGGAUUUGGAAUUUUUAAAAGAAUUGAAACUUAAUAAGUUUUCAAGAACUCCAGUUGGAAAAAGAGUGAAGUCUAGAGUCAUUUGCUUGGUGGAAGAUAGACAAGAUUCUUAGAAAUCGUUAUAUAAUGUCAAUUAUAAUGACUUUGUUUUCAGUGUUCUGGGGUGGACGUGAGGGAUAUCACACGUUGCUUAACACUGAUGUCAGACGAGAGCUUGAUCACAUGGGUUCCUUCUUCCAGAUGGUUGUUGGUAAAUAUGAUAGUAGAUGAUACUUUGAAAUAUUGGAAAAGAAAAUUGAUAAUAUUCCAUUAUCCAAAGUAGCAACCCAAACUAGAAAUUUAUUCUGUGGAAAGGGAUCUUCAUGUUGAGAAAGAAUAUGAUACAAGUAUUACUAAUGCAGAGAAGUCCAUAUGUUGUGACGAAAGGCUGAAUAUUUUCCUGUCUGGAUGGACAUAAUUCAGUCAAUAAACAUUUCAUCAAAUGGCUGCCACUCCUUUUUUUUCCCUUCCUUUUUGUACUAAUCUAUGAUCACUGAUAAUUACUAUUUUUGACAUUUUCUCUGAUGUUUUUCAGAUUACAAGAAGAAGAUAGAAUUUAAAGGCCAGUUACUAAUUGAACCCAAGCCUAAAGAGCCAACUAAACAUCAGUAUGAUUAUGGUAAGGAAAUACCUGACAUUCAACAUGCAUAAGUUAGUAACUACUGGAAAAAAGGAUGGUUUGUAAUAACACUUUUGCUGGGCUGCUCCCUUGGUUUUCCCCUGUUUCAAAGCUCUCCUGUUUGUCUGUUUGUAUCCUCAUGGGCAUCCAUGCUUCUGGCACAUCUAUAUCAUCGUCCUUCUAAGAGUUGUGAAAGUGAACUGUGAUGUGCAUGGCCUCUUUGAUCCAGUGUGUGCAACAAAAAGAUCACAAUCAACAAUUUAACAGCAGAGAUUUGUGCCUGUCACAGCUGUCAAAAUCAUCCAAUCUCAGUGGGCCAUUAUGCAUUAUAGGGUACUGUGCAAAUACUUGACCUUUCUUCCAGAUAAAGACUAGCAGAGUACAGAAAAAAUGUUGCAAUGUAUUUCCAGAAUUACCACAACAGCUUCAUUACUAGUCAUGCAAAGUUUUUUUUCUAUUUGUAGACUCAAAACAAGAACAUUGUAAAGUUUUAUUGAUCCUUUUUCAGAUGCUCAGACAGUGAUUGCAUUUCUCAAGACUUAUGGACUAGAGAAUGAUUUCAAGGUUAGUUUUUAUCAAGACAUGCACCAUCUCUCAAUUAACUUCUCUUCUUCCAUUCAUAUCUGUAUUUUAUACUCUUGGAGAGAAGAUCAAAAGGUAAUUCAGUGUUGUUUAGAUAAAUAAUGUUGUUUAGAUGAGCACUUGGUGCAUUAGUAAAAAACCUUAGAGAAUUUCAUAUUUGCAGGAAAAAUAUUGUUGAAUUUCUCAGUUAGUUAUUUCAUACCAAAUAAUAGGAUUAAAAAUGUUCUUGAUUUCCUCUUUUUAAUUAGUCACUUUAGUCCAGGACAGCUCAGAAGAAUCAUUUGAUUACAGGUUAUUUCCUAAAUAUACCACAGAGAAUUUUUCAGUUUUGCUGAUUUGUGUGCGAUGUAGAGUUAUGGUAAUAACCAAAAUCUGGGCGUGUCAAUAAACGUGGCUGGGUCUUUCCACUUUUUCCUCCUUGUGUUUUUGAGUUAUGGCGUAGCUGUUACGUCUGUUCGAUAUAGAAGAACAAUUAGUGACAGCUGUUUCAAGUCUACAGUAACAAAUACCCCUAUUGAGAGCAGAUUUUGAUUGGUUGUCUGAACGACUGAAGUAUCAACGUCUAUUCUGCAGCUGAAUAUUGAACCUAACCACACCACUUUGGCUGGUCACAGCUAUGAACAUGAUGUUGUAGUGGCCUCCAAGUAAGUUUUAGCUGUCUCUAGAUACUUUGAGGAGGAAUCGUAAGGGUGUACCUUGAUUUUUUUUUUUAAGGUGCUCUUGCUUGUCGCGCUUACUUUUUUCUUUGUUUAGAUUUGGAUUUCUUGGAUCCAUUGAUUCUAACACUGGGUCACCAGAUCUUGGUUGGGACACCGAUCAGUUCCCUAUGGACAUAAAAAACUGUACUCUUGUGAUGAAGGUUCGUUCUAUUUCUUUUUGAUGUGAGGCAGUGAAGACCCAUCAAUUUUUUUGACAAUCUCCGGCAGAGACGUGGGCGAAUGUACAUCGACAAUGAAGAAACCCUUUCCAAGUUUUAGAGCGAUUUAACCCGUUACACCCUAACACCAAAGGUUUUCUUUCCAACCGUCGUUAUGAACAUUCUUUCAUUUUACAUGUUGAAAAGAGCGGAAGAUUUAAAUCGCGGGUGGGUCUUUUCCAUGUUAAGUUUAACCAGACGGUGAUCGAGCCCACACGUUUUCCCACAAUGAUUUGACAACAAAAUUUAAAUAGUAAGUUGAUGUCUUGAGGUUAAGUUCUACCAUUAAAGGCCCUUAUACGACUUGCAGCCAUGCACCACUUGUCCAUAAUUUAAGGCCUCUCUUGUUUGAGACCAAAAGUAUUUUGCUCUCAUUUCCCUCAAUACUUACGCUAAGUUCUGGUUACCAAUCUUUUGUAGGCUAUAAUUGAACAAGGUGGUCUGGCACCUGGCGGACUGAACUUUGAUUGUAAAAUACGCCGUGAAUCCACUGACCUUGAAGAUAUGUUCAUAGCUCAUAUCGGUACGUGUGCGGUUUGUGGGAAGUGAAAGUCGAGAAUGGAAGUGAUUGAACGUCAUAAAACUGACACCUGAGUUUUCACUGAGGGGUGUCAGGACAAAUAAAAAUAUCUCUGCGAGCCAAAUUAGCAACAAGCAACAGAUUGGGAGGGGAGGGUUAUGGACUAGACCGCGAUUGGUUUUUGUGUUGCUUCUGCAUGAUUGAUUCAGAUGAUGGUGUGAGUUUCCCCAAAACAAACUCAGAGUGCAGAAACGCGAAACAAAAUUGAUCCCGAAUUACUUGCAAACCUCAACUGAUUGUUUCUCGAAUCCAAAAUAAUGAUUAUGACACGUCCAUAACUUCUUUAGAAAGAACCUUCUGUAUAAAGGUACAGCUGUAUUAAAACAAUUUCGAUGAUUCACGGUGGAUGUCUUCGGGCUUUGAUUUCUGCCAUGUAACUCGGAAGCCAAUGGAUUUCUAUUCGUUGAAUAUGUGGUCAGUUUGUUAAGUUAAAGGCGGGUUGUUGUAUUAUAGAGCCGGCAUACCUUGACUCAGAAGAGAUUGCAGUUAGACAAUAUUGAUAUUCUCUUGAUUGCAGCCUGUGUUAACUUAAGAACGAAACAGUUACACGUACUUUAGAGUUAGGUUUAGCAUUUUUUGGUGUUCAAAUUUAACUUUUUAUGAUCUUCUUCACCCAAGAGUAUCUUUCUCUUUCUUUUAUUCAUGAUAUUGAAAUCUAUAACUCUCACGUUCAGGGUUUUAAAAUUCUAUUUCUUCAUUUUUCCGUGUGCACAGAAUACUCCCCACGAUCCCAUAUCCAUCUCCCCUAUCCAAUUGUUUACAGUCUUUCGCACGCCAUCUCUUCCACAAAUCAAAUUCUUACUUCAUAUUAGGUGCCAUGGAUUCAUUUGCUCGUGGUCUUAAGAAUGCUGCCAAACUCAUAGAAGACGGAACAUUGGAUGCAUUAGUUAGGGUCAGUUGACGGAGUAUUCGUUAGUUAAUGCCUUGAUGAUCUUUUUUUUGUCGCAAGUUUUUGAUGUCUUAUUCCUUUCUGUUUCUUUUUUCCAAAGCUGAUUAAAGAAGGAGGAGGAAGUUCUUCCCAAUAAUGCAUUCUCUCUAAUUUGUUUUCCUUUGUUCGUUCAAUUAUUUUUUUGUUUGUAUUUUAUUCAAUGAAGAAGGGUGUUCCCUUUUACCUCUCCUAGCGUCAAAAAGCAACCAGCUGAGAAAACCUGUCCCCUCCCUAGUGGUUCGCCGUUCCUUCCCGGUUGAAUUUUAGAAUUUUUAUACUUGUUGAUCUUAGCUUAUGGUUUUGUAUCCAAAUUUGAAACGUUUAACUUUGCCUUGGUCUCGUCAUCCGUGGCCUUUCUUGUUUUUUUGUUUGUUUGUUUGUUUGUUUUAGGAGCGUUACAGUAGCUUUGAUAAAGGAAUUGGAGCAAAGAUUGAGAAGGGAUCAGCUUCCUUGGAAGAGCUUGAGGUACACACAAAGUAAAAAUUUCUAAGUUCAAGACCUUAACUUCCUACAGUAGAAAUUCCAAGCAAUUUUAGCCCAUGCAAACCGUUCACCUGAGGUGUCAUAUGGCAAAUUUGUUUAUAUCCUUUUAUUAUCUCAAUAAAUUGUUCCUUGGUUUCUCUUCAUUUCUAGGAUUACAUUUUGGAGCACGGGGAACCAAAAAUGAUAUCAGGAAAACAGGAGAAAUAUGAAGCGAUUGUCAAUUUUUUUGUAUAG